GUGGAGGGCCGCGCGGGCCUGGGGGAGCGGCGGGAUGGUGUGAGAAGGGAGUGUCCAAGGUUUCCGUUGCCUUCAUCUCCCCCGAGGUCGGCUCCUGGAGCUCGGUUUGUUUACCUGCACGUUCCCCAGGGCAGCCCCUCCAGUCACCCUGGCAACCCCUGCCAUGUGGAGUAAGGCCGAACUCUCUUUCUCCCCCCAGUUCCUAGAACUGGGGGCGUGCGGCUGGGCAGAACUAGAGACUGGCCUGGGUCUGAAAAGUGAACCUCUCUCUGUUUUCCGGCCCACGGUGAAAAGGACUCUGCACCUGGUUUCUGCUGGACGUGGGAUCUAUUUAUGGAAGAGGGUGGGGGGAGGAGGAUCUGUCUCUAGCCUACUCUACACCAGACAUAGUGCUGGGCCCUUUGACACUGGUUAUUCUUGACUGCUCUUAACAGCCUUUUAAUUUUGUAGGUGUGGUGGGGCCAACUGGGAGACAUGAAAUUCUGCCUCCUAGGGGUACUGCUGGCCCCCAUCCGAGUGCUUCUGGCCUUUAUCGUCCUCUUUCUCCUCUGGCCCUUUGCCUGGCUGCAAGUCGCUGGUCUUACUGAGGAGCAGCUUCGGGAGCCAAUUACCGGAUGGAGGAAGACUGUGUGCCACCAUGGGGUGCUGGGCCUCAGCCGCCUGCUCUUUUUCUUGCUGGGUUUCCUCCGGAUUCGAGUUCGGGGCCAGCGGGCCUCUCGCCUUCAAGCCCCCGUCCUGGUGGCCGCCCCUCACUCUACUUUCUUUGACCCCAUUGUUCUGCUGCCCUGUGACCUGCCCAAGGUUGUGUCUCGAGCUGAGAACCUUUCCGUUCCCGUCAUUGGAGCCCUUCUUCGCUUCAACCAAGCCAUCCUAGUGUCCAGGCAUGACCCAGCCUCUCGGCGCAGAGUGGUGGAAGAGGUCCGAAGGCGGGCUACCUCCGGAGGCAAGUGGCCUCAGGUACUGUUCUUUCCUGAGGGUACCUGUUCCAACAAGAAGGCUCUGCUGAAAUUCAAACCAGGAGCCUUCAUCGCGGGGGUGCCUGUGCAGCCUGUCCUCAUCCGCUACCCCAACAGUCUGGACACUACCAGCUGGGCUUGGAGGGGCCCUGGAGUACUCAAAGUCCUCUGGCUAACAGCCUCCCAGCCCUGCAGCAUCGUGGAUGUGGAGUUCCUACCUGUAUACCGCCCCAGCCCGGAGGAGAGCAGGGACCCCACCCUCUAUGCCAACAAUGUCCAGAGGGUUAUGGCACAGGCCCUGGGCAUUCCAGCCACAGAGUGUGAGUUUGUAGAGAGCUUGCCCGUGAUUGUGGUGGGCCGGCUGAAGGUGGCCUUGGAGCCACAGCUCUGGGAACUGGGCAAAGUGCUUCAGAAGGCUGGGCUGUCCCCUGGCUGUGUAGACGCUGGGACAGAGCCAGGCCGGAGUCGAAGGAUCAGUCAGGAAGAGUUUGCCAAGCAGCUGCAGCUCUCUGACUCCCAGACGGUGGCUGGUGCCUUUAGCUACUUCCAGCAGGAUGCCAAUGGUUUGGUGGACUUCCGAGACGUGGCCCUUGCAUUGGCAGCUCUGAGUGGGGGCAGGAGCCUGGAGGACCUGACUCGCCUGGCCUUUGAGCUCUUUGCCGAGGAGCCAGAGGAGCAGGCCGAGGAGCAGGCCAAGGGCCCCGGCCGCCUGCUGUACAGAGACGGCUUCAGCACCAUCCUACACCUGCUGCUCGGCUCGCCGCGCCCCGCUGCCAGGACCCUGCAUGCCGAGCUGUGCCAGGCGGGGGCCCGCCAGGGCCUCUCCCUCUGUGAGUUCCAGGACUUCUCCCUCCACCACCCGCUCCACGGAAAGCUCUUCAGCACCUACCUGCGCCCCUCCCAGACACCUCCCGCCUCCUCCCCAGGCAGCACCACCGCUCUGGCCAACGGGACUGUGCAAGCCCCCAAGCAGAAGGGCGACUGAGCACCUCGACCCCCCCGCCCCACCAGCUCGCACCCGCCCACAGACUCAGGGCCGCGCCAGGGGCCACCCCUGGGCCUCAAGCCCACCUCUGUCCUGCUUGACUUUUCAUUAUUGUCGUUGAUUUUUUUUUUUUAAGUUGGUUUUCAUUUUUCGUUUGUUUGGUUUUAUUUUGUAAGAAACUAUUUUAUAUAUAAAUAUAUAUCUAUAUCUAUUUAAAAAAAAAAAAAA